ACGUCACACGUCAUUUCCCGUUUAUCCCGGAAGUAAACCACUGGAGCGCUAGAUAAGUUUUUCAGAUUGGGAGUGUUUUUUUAAGUUUAUUUUGGGCUAAAUCAUACUUUAAAAUGUCCCGAGGGGUCCAGAUGGAAAACGCAAACCCCGUGAUCUUCCAGCGCUGCAGGGACAGGCCGCUGACUGCGUCCGAAGAGGAUGAAGACGUUCACGACCUCAUCGACGACAGAGAAAUAUUCGAUCUGAUCCGAUCCAUCAAUGAUCCAGAACAUCCUUUGUCUCUUGAGGAACUCAAUGUGGUGGAACAAGUUCGAGUCAAGGUCAAUGAUGCAGAAAGCACGGUAGGUGUUGAGUUUACACCCACCAUACCACACUGCAGCAUGGCAACGCUCAUCGGACUGUCGAUCAAAGUCAAGCUUCUGCGCUCCCUGCCAGACAGGUUUAAAAUUGAUGUUCACAUAACUCCAGGGACUCACGCCUCAGAGGAAGCAGUGAACAAGCAGCUUGCAGAUAAAGAGCGAGUGGCCGCAGCUCUGGAGAACUCGUCUCUGCUGGAGGUGGUCAACCAGUGCCUGUCCAGCAGGAACAUCUGAACAGCCUGUCCUGUUUUUUUUCCUCCUGUGAGACUCUGAACAGUGUGACAUUUCAGUUACUUGCAUCUGUCUGUCAUCUGGAGCUGCAGUUGCAUUUCCAGCAGCAAAACAGCAGUCUGGGUUGCAUAAAAGCCUGAAUAGUUGAAUAAAUUUGAAUAAUUGGAACAUAAAGUGAUGGUAAAUGUAUCAGAAAAGUGAAGUUUAUUUUAAAUAGAUGCAUCAAACCUGCAGAAUUGCUUUGUCACUUGUAAAUAGUGCUUUGUAAGUUUUAAUAAAUGUUUUCAUUAGUAGUCAAAUACAGUUUUUAAUUCAAACUUUGUAUUUAAUUAGAAAACAAAUUAAUUUAGGUUUACACAGAAAAUGGGUUUGUAUUUUUUUAGUAACAAAAUAUUUAUCAGCUACAUGCAUUUAUUAGAACAAAUCAAUUACACAUUAUUUAUAAAUGUUGAAUUAGUUUACUGCCAGGAGCACCGUCAUAAAGUUAUCAGGGUGGUGGAAGAUACGAUAUUUGCUAGGAAUCCGCCAUCAGAAAGGGCAAAAAAUAAGACGAUUUUCCAAGGAGGUGAAGGCCUCAGAAUUUGUGUUGCGACUAAAAUAAAACCUGGCAUUUCAAGUUCAAUACAAUUGCAGACACAUUAAAGUGGAAGUCACUGAUCAGUCUCA